AUGGAUAAAGUCCAAGCUUUUGGGAAGAACUUCACUGCCACCUUCACCCCCUUCGCCGCGCGGACACAGCAGGGGAGUCCUAUAAGAACUAUACUGAUCUAUUAUGUCGGCGCGUCGCCGUUUCAUAUCCAGACUCAACUUCCAAAUGACUACCUCGAGCUUGAGAAGCGAGUCGAUGCUCUAAAGACUGUCCACCAGAAGCUCCUCCAGGUCACCUCGCAAUACUCGAAUGAAGCCUAUGAUUACCCACCAAACAUUCGCGAAUCAUUCAACGACCUGGGCCGCACCAUUAGCGAGAAAGUUCAGCUCCUCUCUCAGGCUUCUUCCCCGGGAGAGGCACAAUCUGCUCUGACCGCACCACCUUCCGCGAAACCUCAGCCAAAGACGUUUAGUCAUGCCGUUGCCCGCGCCGCCCUCGCCAGUUCUCAUGUCAUCGUCGAAGCCAACACUCCCGGCACCGAGGACCAAUUGGCUAUCGGUCUAGAGAAGUUUGCUCUCGCAUCUGAAAAGAUCGGAGAGGCACGGUUGGCUCAGGAUGCUCAGAUCCAGUCUCGCUUCCUUGCAGGCUGGAACACUACCCUCAACACAAACCUCAUGUUCGCUACCAAGGCCAGAAGGAAUGUGGAGAACUCGAGACUUAUGCUUGACUCGACCAAGGCGGCCAAGGGAGCCACCAAGGACAUGGACCAUUUGAGCGAGGAUGCUCGUGCUGAGAUUGAGCAGGCAGAAGAUGAAUUCGUUGGACAGACCGAGGAAGCCGUCGGUGUAAUGAAGAAUGUCAUCGAUACCCCCGAGCCACUGCGCAACCUGGCAGAUUUGAUCGCUGCCCAGCUUGAAUAUCACAAGAAGGCCUACGAGAUCCUUAGUGAGCUUGGCCCCAUCGUUGACGGCCUGCAGGUCGAGCAAGAGGCAAACUACCGCAAGAGUCGAGAAGGCGCGUAA